AUGACUGGUGCCAACACAGUUUCUGGUGAUGAACAUGGUGACAUUGUUGUGAGCAAAGUCAAAGCACCAAACAUGUUCGAACGUGCCAAAGAGGAGUUCGAGGCUGUUAUUGGGGUGAUUCAUCAACACAAGAGUUCUAGAGACGAAUCUGAUAAAAUGGAAUUCAAAUCUGAGAAACCAGAAGAUGCAAAUAAAAAACAGAAUAUGAUAAGAAAGGCCAAGGAAGAAAUCAAAUCUCUAUUCCAUUCCAAGGAGAAACCUCAUCAUCACAAAGAAACUCAUGCAAGGAAUGAUGAUAUCGACGAGAACACGCAUGUGGAUGAAGUGAAGGCUCCCAAUGUUUUCGAAAGAGCCAAGGAAGAGAUCGAGGCUGUCAUCGACACCAUUCAUCCAAAGAAGAAUGAGAUUGACGGUUCUGAUUCUCCUAAGAGUUCUAGGUCUGCCACACCGGAGAAGGAAAGAGCUGGAUUCGGUUGUUCUAUUGGAAAGUGGCUUGAAAAGAUUUGUGCUCCUUGGGGUGAUAACAAAAAAGAUUGAGUUAUUAAAAUGAUUUGAUUAUCAUCAUCAUGAACUUGUUUGCUAACUGUCGUGGUUGAGUCUCAUUGAUUUUAUUGAUUUGUAGGUAGUUAAUUGCUACCUUAAGAGACUAAUAAUCUCGUUGUGUAUUCA